GAUAGUGCUUUUUAAUCAUGCAUACUCCGCAUAAAUAAAUAAAAAUAAAAAAAAUAAUCAUUCGGACUGAUAGGCUUCCGCAUAAAUCAGAGGAAAAGGAAGAGAAAAGACGCACAACUGAACUCCCAUCAUCUCUCCUCCAGCUUCUUCUUCUUCGUCUCUGAAACUAGUUUGAUUCAGCCAUGGCUAAUGCGGCGUCAGGUAUGGCAGUCCAUGAUGACUGCAAGCUCAAGUUUCUCGAACUCAAGGCUAAAAGGACUUUCCGUUUCAUCGUUUACAAGAUCGAGGAGCAGCAGAAACAAGUGGUUGUUGAGAAGCUCGGCGAGCCUGGUCAAUCCCAUGAUGACUUUGCAGCUAGUCUUCCUGCUGAUGAAUGCCGUUACGCAGUUUUCGAUUUUGAUUUCGUCACUGCUGAGAGUUGCCAAAAGAGUAAGAUCUUCUUCGUCGCAUGGUCUCCGGACACAGCAAGAGUUAGAAGCAAGAUGAUCUAUGCGAGCUCUAAGGAUAGGUUCAAGAGAGAGCUUGACGGAAUUCAAGUAGAGCUUCAAGCUACCGAUCCAACUGAGAUGGAUCUCGAUGUUUUCAAAAGCCGAGCCAACUGAGGAAUACAUCCUCCAUAAAAGAAUUGGUUGAAUCCAACUUUCUCCUACUAUUACUGAAUUGAUAUAUGCUUGUUCUUUAAGUUUGCUGUGAAGGCACCACCAAACCAAAACAACUUCAUUUCAUUGGUCUUUGUCUUCCUAUGUCUUCUAUAUUUUUUUUGGUCCUUGCAGUGUUUUGCUUAAAACUUAAGAGAUUUGGCUUGUACUCUUUUACCAUUUGUGUAAGAAAACCCAAACCCUUUACCAGAA